AUGUCAGGACUCAUCCGCAGAUUGAUUAUUUUCGCAACCGCCGAUGGCUUAGUCCUUCAUGCUCAUGGCAGUUCGGAUCAGCAGAGAGCGCUGUUAAUUGACUAUGGCGCGAAGCGUAUCUCUGAUCAGGUCAGAACACCAAAUCUUCAUGGCCAGCCUGGUGCACGUCUUGAAGCUUUUGGACUGAUAGGUGACUGUGACAGCUACGGAUUUAUCGAUAUCGCAAAUCUUACAUACCUCAUCGCGAUCACGAAGAGACAGGAAGUGGCCAAGAUUUUCGGCAAACCGGUGUACCUGGUCACAGAUGUUGCAGUUCUUCCCCUGUCGUCUCAGCAAGACGCGGAGCAGGCUAUCAAAGCUCUAACCGACAGCUCCGAGAAUAUCUCAGAUGAUUCUGACAGUGACGCAAGCGAUGGCGUGGAAAGGACCAGCAAUCGAGCAUCUUUAGAAGGUUCAUCUACUACUCCGGCGGACGAUGUUCGACCACAACCGAGCGGAAGGACGAGCACUACUAAAGUCGCGGAGGACGUAGCGACCAGGAAUGUCUCUUUCGGCAGAUUCGCUUCUCAAUGGUUUUCUCGUCAAAAUCGGUCUACGUCCACGCCUCCAUUUCCUCAGCCAGAUACUGCAUCAAAUGAACCGAAGCCGGCCGAGAGCGAUGACAACAUUGUCGAAGACGUAGAAAGAGCCGCUCAGUCCAAAGAUCAAGCUAAAGAGGAGGAUCGAGCGCCACUGGCUAAAGUAUCCAAUGUCAACGCAACAGCAACUCUGAGUCUACUGCCACGUAUAUUGAAGACAAUCAAGAUGAUCUUUACCUCCGGCAGCUAUUUCUUCUCCUACGAUGUUGAUCUGACUCGACGGCUCCAGGACCUUGACUCGAUAAACCAACCACUAACUUUCAGCAAGCUUAAUUCUGUGUAUUUCUGGAAUCGUGCUCUUGGGGCAAGAUUGCUUGAGAGCAACUUUAGCAACUAUCUCACGCCCAUUCUGCAAGGCUUUGUUGGUCAACGUGCAUUCGUGUUGCAGAAACCAUCAGCGUCUGAACCGGAAAAGGCGAAAAUCAAAGAAGUAGUGGAAGACGCUAACGAGCUCACAAAUACGGUUGAGAACAAGCAAAACCAACAAUCUUUCUUGUUAACCUUGAUUUCAAGAAGGUCUACCAAGAGAUCGGGCUUUCGCUAUCUCAGGAGAGGCAUAGACGAUGAUGGCAAUGUUGCAAAUUUCGCUGAAACAGAACAGAUACUGUCUGCGGCUGAUUGGAAUUUGGACAUUCCCAUACGAAGCUUUGUGCAAGUUCGGGGUUCAAUUCCCCUAUAUUUCUCACAAUCACCAUAUUCCUUCAAGCCUGCCGUAGAAUUCCGCAAUUCAGCACAGGUGAAUCAAAAAGCCUACAACAAGCACUUUCAGAUGCUCAAGAACAAGUAUGGAGCAAUACAGAUUGCGGUACUUGUGGACCGCCACGGUAACGAGAAGUCUAUAGGUGAAGCCUUCGAAAGAUUGUAUACAUCGGCAAAGGACGACCGACAAGCAGAGAACAUUAAUUUCGAAUGGUUCGACUUUCAUUCUGAGUGUCGUGGCAUGAAGUUUGAGAACGUCUCCCACCUUGUUGCUAAGUUUGACGAUUUUCUGGAAUCAUCUUCCGAAACUGUUCUAGAAAAUGGUAAAAUCACAACACGACAGUCUGGUGUUAUCAGGACAAAUUGUAUGGAUUGUUUGGACCGGACGAAUGUAGCACAAUCUGCUUUUGGACAACAGAAAUUGCAACAAGCUUUAGAAAGAGCAGGUUUCUCCAUCGAUUUCGUUACCGAUCCAAGCACGAAUUGGUUCAACACACUGUGGGCUGACAACGGAGAUGCAAUAUCAAGACUAUAUGCGUCGACUGCGGCACUGAAAGGAGACUUCACUCGAACAAGAAAGAGGAACUGGCGUGGCGCGAUGAACGACUUCGGAUUGACGAUAAGCAGAUACUACAGCAACAUGGUCAAUGACUACUUCUCUCAGACCGUCCUUGAUGUUCUUCUUGGCAAUAUCACCUGGAAAGUGUUCGAAGACUUUGAAAGCAAGAUGAUGAGUGCUGAUCCUGGUAUAUCAGUAGGAUCCGCUCGAGAAGCAGCAAUUGAUACAUGUACCAAGAUCGUCAUUCAAGAUCCAGACAAGGAAGACAUUAUCCAUGCAUGGACGAUGCUGGUACCAAACCAAGAGAACACUCUCCGUACAUUACCUUUAGAAGAGGCAAUUGUGCUACUAACAGAUAAAGCGAUAUACUGCUGUAAAAUGGACUGGAGCACAGAAAAGUUAGCACGGUACGAGAAGGUGGAUCUCCGAAACGUCAGUAGCAUCAAGAUCGGCGUUUAUGUAACCAGUACCUUCACGAAGGCACAGAUGGAUGAGGAGUUGAACCAAGGACUUGUGAUUCAUUACACAGCCGGAAAAGGGGAUACGAUCCGGGUCAACACUCGAUCUCUACAAAAUUACCAUGUGCCUGAUCCAGGCGAAGGGCAGGGUGUUGAUGGUGGUACAGGAAUUCUGUCAUGGGUUGCCUCAUCUGUCUCCAAAUCGUCAGCUGCUCAGGAACGAAUGAUGGCAUUAAAGGUUGUGCCACCUAGCGACGAGGACGUCUUACAGAGAGCAAAGACUGGAGGAUCCCGGCAAAUCGCUGAGAGUGUUGCUGAUGAGGUCAGAAGGGCUAUCACUGGAUCGACGGAUCACGGCGAACAGAGAGGCAGCGAACUGAUCGAAAAGAGCGACAUUAUCAGUGUUGCCGAAGCCAAGAGAAGAACAGGCUACCUUGAACAGGUCAGUCAUUCUUUGAGAAAACUUGUAUGGGCUUGA